UCCAAGGCAAUGGAGAAAAAAAAAGUGUUUUGAUAAUAUAAAAAAUUAAUCUCUCUGCUCUGCGUUUUUUUAUGUGUUUAGAUUUAGAGAGAAAACGAGAGAUAUAUUUAGAAUAACAGUACUUAUUUCGGUGCAAUGGUCGUUUAAUGUGAUUGUAUUUACAUUUGUUUUCGACCCUCCAUACGGUAGUAUUUUUUAUUCGAACCGAACCACUAUGCGGAUUUUCGAGACGAUUAAUUAACAUUACACGUCUGCUGAUUAAAUUAAUCGUAGAUUGACAGGAAGUAUUGGUAAAAUGUGUACCAAAUAAGUCACUCUUACGCGAAUUCCAUCGGUAUAUCGUACCGAUAAUAAUGGAAGAAAAAGAGACGAAAAUCAUCUAUCAUGUCGACGAUGAAGAAACACCGUAUUUGGUCAAGUUAGCUAUUUCACCCGAGAAAGUAACGUUGGCUGAUUUCAAGAAUGUAUUCAAUCGACCAAAUUACAAAUUCUUUUUCAAAUCUAUGGACGAUGAUUUCGGUGUGGUAAAAGAAGAAAUCAUAGACGAUGACGCCCAUUUACCUUGCUUCAAUGGUAGAGUCGUUUCAUGGCUCGUCUCAGCUGAAGGUAGCAAUGUAUCGGAUGGCGGAGCUUCACAGUGUGCUGAUAACGUUACACAGAAGAUGCCAGAUCAUGGUUCUCAUCGUCCUAAUUCCGAUGACUUCAUUAAUACUGAAACCGAAUCAUUGGCUAGUUCGAAACCAGCUCUUCAUCAUAUGCCAAAAGAUCGUUUACGUCCUCUCACCGAAAGAUACGAUAAACACCAUAAAUACAACGGUUUGGGAGUGAAUGGCCAUUCGAAACAUAGAAAUAUGGGAUUAGGAUACGAUACGUCGUCCAUGAUGAGUUCGGAAUUGGAGACCACUAGUUUCUUAGAGUCAGAUGACGAUGCUUCUAGUCGUAUAACUACAACAACCGGAAGAGCUACCAAUUUACACUUGAUGGACGGUCACGGUAGGCGAAGGGCUCCUCGACGAAGACGCCACAGACAAGCCACAGCCAUGUCGAGAACGUCUUCAUUUUCAUCGAUUACCGAUUCCAGUAUGUCUCUGAAUAUAAUUACUGUCACUUUGAACAUGGAUACGGUGAAUUUUCUCGGUAUAUCGAUCGUCGGUCAAAGCAAUAAUGGCGGAGAUGGAGGAAUCUAUGUCGGCUCGAUAAUGAAAGGAGGAGCUGUCGCUUUGGACGGUCGAAUCGAACCCGGAGAUAUGAUUCUACAAGUGAACGAUAUAAAUUUCGAGAACAUGUCGAAUGACGAAGCUGUUCGCGUUCUGAGAGAAGUCGUCCAGAAACCUGGUGCCAUUAAACUGGUCGUGGCCAAAUGUUGGGAUCCCAAUCCGAAAGGUUAUUUCACUAUUCCACGAACCGAACCUGUCAGACCGAUUGAUCCUGGUGCUUGGGUGGCUCAUACGGCGGCCAUGAGAGGAGAAACGUAUCCGUUACGUCCUCCUUCUGUGUCCACUCUAACUUCGACUAGUUCUUCGUUGAUUUCCAGUAUGGCCGAAACAGAAAUUGCUGCUGAUUCGGUAGAUAGUAUGCCACUUUCGAUCAACAGCGAUAUGUCUGUUAUUGUCAGAGCGAUGGCUAAACCAAAUUCCGGACUCGAGGUUCGAGAUAGAUUAUGGCUCAAGAUAACUAUUCCUAAUGCAUUUAUUGGCGCUGAUGUCGUCGAUUGGCUGGAAACUCACGUGGAAGGGUUCUCUGAGAGACGCGAAGCCCGUAGAUAUGCCUCGCAGAUGCUCAAAGCUGGUUACAUCAGACAUUGCGUUAAUAAGAACAGCUUCUCCGAACAGUGCUACUACAUUUUCGGUGAUUUCUUAUCUGCUGGAAUGUCGCGUUUGAAAUUAGACGAACCGGAACGCGAUAGUCUUCCUCAUCCUGGUACCUCGUGGGACAUGCCUUACUCCGGUACAUACUUACCUCAUUCCUCUCCGAUGCCAUUCAAUUACACCAACGAAACUACUUGCUAUUCGUUGACCAGAGAUGGCAGUGGAUCAGGCGGAAGUCGUUCAGGCUCCGAUAUAAUAGUUCCCAUAACGAAAACAGCUCCCAGCGGAGCUAGUAGCAGCGCUGCCAGUGGAAUCCACAACCCUUUGGUGGCAGUUUUAAAAGGCAACGAACAAAACGGCGGCAAACGUAACCCAGCCAUCGAAUCGAGUGGUUCGGAAACGUCGUCGAAUCCUGCCUAUUCUCAGGAUCUUUCAACUAGUCAGCAGUCUUUUAAAAUGGCUAUGGGUAAUCCCUGCGAGUUCUUCGUUGACGUUAUGUGAAGAAAAUUCCGCCAAAAUAAACCUCGAAAAUACUCUGGAAUAUUUUCCACGUUAAUUUUUGAAAUUUUAGAAUAUCGAGUUUGAGUUUGUAUGUGUAAUACCAAGAGUAUCGUUGUUGUUACUUUGUAUGUAUGAUAUAAUUUGUGCCAUAACAACGUCAACGAUUGAAUGUUCCCCCCCCCCCCCUUUAAAUGUGUGUAUGAAAAACGUAUGUAUUUUUGUACGUAAUGUAACUUAUUUAUUAUUUAUUUUUUCUUUUUUUUAACGUUUUAACGAAACUAAAAUUACGUAAUGUUCUGGAUAGUUUGUUACAAAAUACGACAAUUAUUAUUGACUAAUUAGUCCCAGUUUUUAGGUUUUUUUGUUUUUACCAGUAACUGAUAUUUAUUUACUUACUGUUUUGUGGGUGUAGAAUUUUUUUGUGAGUUUUAAUCCGCCGAAUUAUGAAAUUUUUUAACUUUUAUUAGGCUCGGUUUAUUUUCAAAUGCCUUUAUUCAUGUUGAUUUUUAUAUUUUUGUAGUAUUAUUGAUCAACCGUGCAGUAUUUUUCGAUCGUUCAAAACGAUCUGGUUUUAAAAUAAAUUAUUUUAUCGCAGAAACGUAUUAAAUUACAUCAUUGUUUGAAUUUUUCGUUCAUCUAUUUAUUACAUACGUAAACGUACCUAUUAACAUUUAUUAGUCAAUAAUGCAUCGAAUUAUUAUUUUAUCCUUAUUAUAUGUAUUAUUUUUGUUUGUUUGUUUGUUUGUUUGUGUUUGUUUGUAUGU